GCCACCUGCCCAUCCUGCUCUCCCUGAGCUCCCUGCUGCUGUCUCCGCUGCUCACCGGCUCCUUGGCCUUAUCUCCACCCAGGUUCACAAAAGUACCUGUCGAUAUGAUCGGCGUCUCCGGAGGUGUUGUAUCCUUCGUAUGCCAAGCCACAGGUGACCCCAAGCCAAGAGUAACCUGGAAUAAGAAAGGAAAGAGGGUGAACUCUCAACGCGUCGAGACAGUAGAGUUUGACGAAGGUGCGGGAGCCGUCCUAAGAAUCCAGCCUCUCCGAGCGCCUCGAGACGAGAACAUCUACGAAUGUGUGGCAGAGAACAGCGAAGGCGAAAUCAGUGUCCAGGCUAAGCUGUCAAUUAUCAGAGAGGACCUACUUCCUGCUGGCUUCCCCAACAUCGACAUGGGCCCACAGCUAAAGGUGGUGGAGCGCACGCGCACGGCUACCAUGCUUUGCGCCGCGAGCGGUAACCCCGACCCGGAAAUCACCUGGUUCAAAGACUUCCUCCCCAUCGACCCCAGCACAAGUAACGGCCGAAUCAAACAGCUCAGAUCAGAAGCGAUUGAGAGUACUCCCAUCCGAGGUAAGACAUCACUAUAAAACACAACUAACCUUAACCUAACCACUAACUAAUGA